AUGGACGGCAUGGAACCAUUCACGCAGAAUGACCAAUACCGCAUUCCCACUGGUGCGGAAUUUAUGCCGAUGGAUCCCAUCCUCCCCUACUUCGGAAAAGAAUUGUUUAUUUCCUUGGGAGCGGCGGAAGAGCCCAAUAAUGAGGACACCCGUGCCAUAGAUUGCAAACAAGGCCCCAAUACUGUAGAACUCGGCGGUGAAGAUCUUGAGUACAACGAGGGCGAAGGAGAACUGAGAAAGAGCGGUUCGGACAUAGGCACCCUCGAAAUCGCGAAACACAACACUCGUGAGAGCUGUUGGGUGAUUCUCUAUGGCAAGGUCUAUGAUGUCACCGAUUUUUUGGGCAGCCAUCCUGGCGGUGCAAAAAUAAUUUUGAAACUUGCAGGCCAAGAUGCCACCGAGGAGUAUGAUCCUAUCCACCCGCCGGGCAUCUUAGAGGAAGAACUAAAGCCCGGAGCAUGUCUGGGGACAGUCGAUCCCAGCACAUUACCGAAGGAGGAGGCAUCCUCCGAAUCCCAAGAAGAAGUUGAGGGUCCGCCACCUAUGGAGAAUCUCCUCAAUUUGGAUGAGAUUGAGGAAGUAGCGACAAAACAAGUGAGCAAGAAAGCUUGGGCUUAUUACUACUCCGCAUCCGAUGACAAAGCCAGCAAACGCUUCAACAAUGAAGUUUACCGAUCCAUUCUCCUGCGACCUAGAGUCUUUGUGGACUGUACAACCUGCGAAUUGGACACAGCGGUCCUUGGCCAUCAACUCAAAACCCCGAUUUACGUGUCUCCUGCGGCCAUGGCACGUCUAGGUCAUCCGUCCGGCGAGGCUGGCAUUGCUGAAGCGUGUCGUAGUUUUGGAGCCAUGCAAAUCAUUUCCAAUAACGCUUCCAUGACACCGGAACAGAUUGUCAAAGACGCCGCGCCAGAUCAGAUAUUUGGUUGGCAACUGUACGUUCAGGUUGACCGUAAGAAGAGCGAGGUUAUGCUUGCUCGCAUCAACAAGCUCAAGGCGAUCAAGUUCAUUGUCCUUACCCUCGAUGCCCCGGUUCCAGGGAAACGUGAGGAUGAUGAACGAACUGGGAUGACCGGACGGACCACCACUGUGCCAAGUGGCGUCAAGGCGGCUGAGCGCUCGUCAGACGGCACUCCCAAUCCAACCGAAGGUUCUGGCGGUGUUGGUCAGCAAUUGUUCGCAGGCACCGAUCCUUCCUUAACAUGGACGAAGACAUUGGCUUGGCUUGCCACGCAGACAGAUCUCCCCAUUGUCUUGAAAGGUUUGCAGACUCACGAAGAUGCAUACCUCGCGUCACUCCACGCACCUCAGGUCAAAGGUAUCAUCCUCUCUAAUCACGGAGGACGUGCCAUGGACACUGCCCCUCCGGCGGUUCACACUCUCUUGGAGAUUCGGAGAUACUGCCCCGAGGUCUUUGACAAGAUUGAGGUAUACGUGGAUGGAGGUAUCCGUCGUGGCACCGAUGCGGUCAAAGCUCUCUGCCUGGGUGCGAAAGCAGUUGGCCUUGGACGCUCAGCUCUGUGGGGCCUAGCAGCUGGUGGAGCUGACGGUGUUCGUCGUACUUUACAGAUUCUGAAUGAUGAGAUGAAGACAUGUAUGCGGUUACUUGGAGUGGAGCGGGUUGAUCAACUAGGGCCCCAACAUAUCAACACCCGAGUGACUGAGCAACAGAUCUACGAUGGUCCUGCUGGCCUGGAGCCUUUACGCCGCGUAUUCCGUGCGAGACUGUAG